AUGUUUGCUAAAAGCAAGCAAAUAAAUAUCCAUAAAAAUCAAUUAAUAUUUGGGAUUACAUUACAAAUCUAUUAUUCAAAUUUUAUUUAAUUAAUUUUGUAAUUACAGAUUAAAAUAUCUAGAAAAUUUAAUUAUAAAAUAGGCUUAAUAAGUUGUUUCCACCACCAGAAACACAGUUUCAAUAAAUUAGAUCACUUAUCAGACAGAAUUUCUAAUUUAGCUUCCGUUUCCAAAAAUUUUUUGAUACUAUUUUGUCUCAUUCUUAUUAAUUAAAUUUAGUCUAAAUACAUAUUUAUAAUAUUUCCAUUUCUGCUUUCUGUGACUGAAAUAGUUAAGUUUUGGAUUUCUUUCUCUUAUAUUGAUUAGCUCAUCAAUAGAUUAUUUCUAUUCCUUAACUUUUUUAAUCUGCUUACUAGCAUUCUAAUAUUAGUAUUCCUUAAAACAAAUAUCUCAGUUUCAAUUUUUUAAUAAAUUCUAAUAGUUGCAGUGUUAGCUUAUAAAAUAUCUGAGAUAUGCUAUGACUAUAAAGUUGAGAAAAUAAAAAAUUUCUUUUAAAGCUAAAAUAAAACUAAAUAAAUCCCCUCAUACGCUUUAGAUUUUUUAAUUAGAGAUCUUGCAUAGAAGUAAAAAUCUAGCUAGCUAAGCUCUUUUUAGAUUCAUGAUCAUAAAAAUGAAAUUAUAGAAAACGAAAUUAUUGCAAGUCACAUAAAGAAUUGCACUAAAUCGCCUUAUUGUCAUUGUGAUAAAAUGAAGAUGGUAAUAUAAAUUGCAACUAAUUUUUAAUAAUAAAUUUUGAUAUAAUUUUAAUUUAUAGGAAAUGCAAAAUAACUAAAAAAGAACAAAUUGUGA